AUGCCGCCAAAACGCCCCAAUUAUGAUGCCGAUUAUGUUAAAGAAGAAAGUGGCGACGACGACUAUACACCCCGAACACGAUCAAAAAAGAUUCGUACUGGUAGAGGCGACACCCCUGCACGUGGAGGGCAAAACCAAAAGAAAGCACCAGCAACAGAAGUCAGCAAGUUCGUUACGAAGAUACGUUUCAAGCAAGCAAAAGUAGUCGCAGAAGCCGCUACUCAGGAAGAUGAAGACUUGACAGGUUUGGAUGCUACCGAGUUGGACCAUGAAAUGCAACUUUUUCAAGUACAUGAUUUGACAGAGAGUGGGAAUCAGCUACCUCACUCAACUGCCGCUGUCGGUAAGAAGCAUACAAAAGAGGUGGACCUGACGGACGAUAAUGGCGAUGAAGCUGCGACAGCCAUUACCGUUGAUGAGGUUGAGACGACUUCCUUGGAAACAGAAGAGGUUGCAGAAGCUCAACAAGUGACUCCUAACAAAAAAGAUAAAAAGCCUAAGGCUAGCAGAAAGAAGAACGUUGAUAACGGAUUGGAGAUUGUUGGUCGACCACCCCCAAUGCCUUCGCUUGGAAGAUUCCCACGCUAUGGUCAAAAGUCCAGGGUGGUAUAUAUUGAACUGUUAGCAGGCCAUGAGAAAUAUACCUAUCGACUUGACAUGGGCAAAUUGAAAGAGGGGUCAGUUUGGUUUACUCAAGCGCUUGAUGGUAAUGCCAAAGGUUCUCAAAAAGAGUCCGACCCAAAGGUAGCGACCAAAUGGACAUCAGACUUCGGCCCAAGCCAUGUUUUCGACUUGGAAUACGAACCGGAACGUCAACUCUGGUAUCUUCGUAAGAUUACCCGCAGUAUUUCUCAGCCUAUCAAGCACCAAGACAACGCCGACCUUCUUACAAUUGAGAACAACGAGGAAACUCCCACUGUCGGAGUCAUUGACGAGCCGGGGCAAGGUACAGCAAUCAUUGCCCAAGACGAAAGCAACCCAAAAGUCAGCCGUGGUUUGACACCACCACCUUCUGAGCAAGACAGGGUCAAUGCCGAACAGUCUGUCCCAACUCUCAAGAAUGCUGGGCCAGACAAUCAUCCUGUAUCGAAAAUUUCAUCUAAAAUCAACGAAAACGAGAUGCUAACUGACCAUGAAUCUGUCGUCGAAGAAGUCAGAGGUGCUGAGCGAUUGUCUACCGCAAAAGAAAUAUCCCUUACAGAUGGUCCCAGUAGCGUAUCUACUGCUUGUCAAAAUCAAACAUCUCCCAGUGCACAGCAUGCACCUUUCGACGAAGAACCGGGAUUACCAACAGACUUAGAGCUGCCUGUAAAAGACAACAGUACAGAGCACUUAGCAACACCCCCUCGACUGAUUGGCGAUGGCUCAAAUCUCGUAAACGAACCGAAUACCGAGUUUGAGACAGAUGCUGGGCUCGAGAGUGUUAAGGAGUCGCCGCUUCCGCCCAAGGAAAAACUACUGACAAUGGUACAUGUCGAGGAAAGUCAGACCUCUACCCAUAUGAACCCAAUGGAGGUGAAUGACGUUGAGAUGGUCGCCGCGCAAAAGCAUUAUACGAAGCUCGACAAGUCCCACACCGCCGCGAAUCAAGAAGAAUUUGCACAAGAGUUAGUCCCAUCAGAGAAAACACUUGAAGGAUACGAUAAUCUUUUCCGCAUUUACUGUGGGAUAGAACCCAGAAUAUCAAGCUACCUCGACGUUGCCACGGAUCAGAUCGAAUUCAUUUUCAACUUGUCGACACUGUACGGCCUUCCCGUGACAAGAAUCGUAGAGAUCCGUCAGUCUUUUUCUAAAUAUUUACGACGUUUCAAAAAAGAUUUAUGGAAAGCCAUCAUGGAGGACCCUGCACGCUGGCUAUACAUCUCAAUGUUUCUCAGAUCUCCUAGUAUCUUCAGAGAAGCAAUCAUACACAUCGUUGGUUCUCAUUCUCAUGAUCCGUGGGAACACUCUUACGAAGAGUACAUCCAAACUAAUGUCUCCAUCUUGAUCCACGAAAAGAUUGAGGAGCUAAUAAUCGCCAAAGAAUGUGCCGAUGCAGCAUUACUAAGAUGCACAAUCAUGGUGGAUGGGACUGACGUGCGUGAGGUCCGCAGAGGCACUGGGUAUGACGCCUAUAACUGCUGGCAUGACUGGUACCGCGACCAGAUGGCAGAUGCCUUGGAAGCGCGCCAGAAUGGUGAUAAUAUCGACGGCAUGAGAUUUCAAUUGAUUGCAGGUGGGAGAGACGUCUACCUUGAAGCAAACUCAACUGUCGACAAGUACAAAUCUACGUUGGCGAGCAAUGGAAUGGAGUUGACCGCUGACGAGGAAAAGUCUUUCUUGCUCCAUUUAAGCACUAUGAAAGAGCAGGCAACGAGCAUCGCUCUGCCAAUGGUAAUUAGCAACAGCAACUUGGAUAAUCUUAAGCACCAGAUCAGUCACCUCACAUGUACGGACGUUGUUCAUGGCGAAUUUGCUUGGCAGAUGGAUAAGAUGGAUCCAUAUUUCGGACCCUGA